UGCAAAGUAUACCACCUCCGUUGUAUGGAAACUGCACACAGAAUGUGAGAAGGAAAGUUUUGCAUUUUUUAAGUUAUGAAAAGGGAGAAUAAAAGCGACCUCACCUGGGUGUGACGCCUGUUUUUUCAGCCAUGUGUCAGUUAUAAUAAAGAGGGAGUUAACACUCUUUGAAGAGAAGAGGAAGAAUAUCGACUGCCAAAAUUAACGGACAGCGAAGUCAAGACAACUUCAACGCGGAGCCGGGAAACGUACCAUGGAGUCAUAGAACUUUACCUAGCCUACUUGAAAGAAGUCGUGCGUACCGACGGCUCAUGCUCCUAUGUUGUGGAUUAUACAAUUAAAUUAAUUUUAGGGAUAUUUAUUGGGACUGAGGGAAUAUUUACCUUUGAGGGUAUUUUGAAAUAUUUUUAGUGUGAAUUCUCCUCGGAAUGGCAGGAUCUGUUCCCUUACUAUUUUUGAUUUUGACUCUCUGUGGAGGCGGUUUGAGUGCGUCCUUCCCAUCGCGGUACAAUCUCUACGCGGGGCAGAGUCAGUCGCAGACCCAGACGCAGAAUGGGGUGAGGGCAGCGAGUAGACACAGAAACUGGUGUGCGUAUGUUGUGACCCGGACGGUGAGCUGUGUGGUGGAGGAUGGGGUGGAGACGUACGUGAAACCGGACUACCAGCCCUGCACAUGGGGGCAGGUGCAGUGCACCCGCGUGGUCUCGUAUCGAACCUACAUGAGGCCUCGGUACAAGGUAGCUUAUAAGAUGGUGACAGAGAUGGAGUGGAAGUGCUGUCACGGGUACUCCGGUGAUGACUGCAACGAGGGACCAAGUGGGGGGUCUGUCACGGUCAGGCCCCGGCCCAAACCUUCCCGCCCAGGGCAGACUGGCUCCGGCUCAUGGACCGGGCAGAGCGGAGGGGACGGGAGAGGUGACAGUGACAAGAUGAAGCAGCUAGAGGACAAGAUCCAGAGCUUGACCAAAGACCUUCAUGACCUGCAGUCCACACUGCGGGGCAUGAACGAGAAGAUCCAGGAGGAGAUGAGCAAACCGGGCUUCGGUGGCAAGACGCCUGCUGACGCCGCACAGCCGGAGAUGAAGGAGACCAUCCACAGCAUCCAGACCAAGCUGGACCAGCUGGACAACAGGACCCGGGCGCAUGACCAGACCCUCGACAGCAUCAACAACCACUUAGUCAACGGCAAGGGCAGCGGCAACGAGCUGGACGGUGCGGGCGGAGCGCGGUUCAACUCCCUGAAGGAGGAGAUCCUGCAGGAGCUGGAGCGCAGGGUAGCCUUGUCCUGCUCCUCCUGCCAGGCCGGUGUGGAGGACCUGAGGCGGCAGCAGCAGGAGGACCGCGAGAGGAUCCGCGCUCUGGAGAAGCACAUCAACUCCAUGGGCCAGCAGCACCGGCAGAUGCUGGACAGCCUGCGCAAGGAGGUGACGCGCUCGCAAGGCUGCUGCGACCUUGUGACCGACCUGCGGGGGAGGCUCAGCGACGUGGAGAGGAAGCUGAGCUCAGCGUCUGAGGCCUACGACGUCCUUAGUGACCGUCUGGAUAAGGAACUGGCGGGCACUGGAGGCAGCACAAGAUUGACUGAGGAGAAGUUCAACAGUCACCUGCAGGACCUAGAGAGACGGCUGAACAACACGGUACAGAGGGCAGAGGAGAACUGCGGCUACGUGGAGAAUGACGUGAAGGACUACUUCCAGAAGGAACUUGGCGAUGUGCAAAAAGAGUUCCUCGAUCGCUCUGAAGAGCAAGACUACAGGAUUUCAAAUCUUGAAGAGGACGUUAGGCACUUGAGAGACACAACUUUUGACCACAGCAAACGCUUACAUCACCUAGAGAACCUGACAUCCUUCGUGGACAGCAAGAUGACAUCCCUUGUAAGCCUCUGUACAGAGUCCUGUGACCCUAAGAAAGCAAGGGGAGAUGAUGUUGAUGACACUGUGAAGACACUACAAUGGAAAGUCAUCGCCAAUGAGGAAGAGAUCCAGAGAUUUGACACCAGGCUAAAAGACCUCUCUGUUUCGGGUGACUCUCUGAUGGACAGGGUGGUGGACCUCAGCCACGAUGUCCGCAAGAUCAAGGCCCUCACGGGAGAGAACGGCGAACACUUCAACAGGAUCGUCACAGAAAUAGAGAACCUGGGCAGGAACGUGGACGACUGUGACAUCUGCAGCUCCUUGGAGGAUGAGGUGACGUCUCUGAGGAACCACACCAACAAAGCCUUUGAAAGGUGGCAGACAGACAUCAACAACAUGCGCAAAAGAAUAGACAACGAUGAGUCCACCUGCUCGCAGGUGUGCUCGAACCUACAGGAGGAAGUUGGCAAGCUGAAGGAAGAGGUGGAGAAGUGCAGUGGGCAGUGCAAGAUUACCUUGGAAAGGCCCGGUGGACCAGAAGACCUCGACCCACAGAAACCCCUGGAUGGCCACAGUGUCAUUGGUAGCUCGUCCAAUAGUAACCUGAAGUCCAUCCAGGGAGAGCUCUCCGAGGUCAUCCUGACGUUCAGCUCCAUCAACGACACGCUGAAGGGGCUAGAGCACACGGUGCAGAAGCACGACAGCGCCAUCACCGACCUGAGCAACACCAAGGACAAGAUCAUCUCCGAGAUCGACAAGAUCCAGCAGGAGGUGACCGAGCACAUCGAGGAUAGCAAGGGCCGUUUCGACCACGUGGACCGGGAGAUCAUCCGCUUUGGCAGCAACUUUAUGGUGGAGAUGGGUGACUGCAAGCGAUCAGGGGACGGCCUUGAGAAGAGGAUAUCUAAGAUGGAGGCAGUCUGCGGACGGCUGGACUCUUUAUCUGAAGGCCUACAGAAGAUCAAAGACGGUCUGAACAAGCACGUCUCUGGGCUGCGGGAAUGUUUCAAUGGGCUAAAUGAGACUGUCGCUUCCCACAGUGGACUAAUUGACAGCAUCCAGAACACACAGUUAGAAGUCAUUCAUGGGAAGAUCAAGAACCUGAACUCAUCUGUACUGUAUAUCCUCGAUGGGUUCCAGGACUUCUCCAAAAAGGACUUUGUUGGCCCCCCUGGCCCACCAGGACCUCAAGGAGAAAGAGGGGAUCAGGGUCCCCCAGGACCAAUUGGGCCACCAGGCAAAGAAGGUCCACCAGGCAAACCAGGCGUGGAGGGGCCAAGGGGACCCCCAGGCCUCAGAGGCGAACAAGGUCCUGAUGGAUCUGACGCCAAUGUACCUCGCCUAGCCUUCUCGGCAGCUCUCACAUACCCCCAGGUCAAUGCAGGCACCAUCGUUUUCGACAAGGUCUUUGUUAACGAGGGCGAAUUCUACAACCCAAAAACAGGAAUCUUCACUGCACCGUUGGAGGGACGCUACUUUUUCAGCGCCAUCCUAACGGGUCACAAGAAUGAGAAGAUCGAGGCGGUCCUCUCUAAGUCCAACUACGGCAUGGCGCGCGUGGACUCAGCUGGGUACCAGCCGGAGGGCCUGGAGAACAAGCCCAUGGCAGAGACCAAGCCUACACCGGGAUCCUUGGCCGUCUUCAACAUCAUACUCCCCCUGCAGGUGGGAGACACCAUCUGCAUUGACCUGGUCAUGGGCAAGCUGGCCCACUCCGUCGAACCUCUAACCAUAUUCAGUGGGAUGUUGCUGUACGAGGAUAAAUAAGAGUCCUGAGGUGUGACUGACGGAGGCUGAAGGACAAAGUGUCGACAUGACGGAAGACGGCAACGAAAUCCAAAAUGGGGCGGGACAGUAAAAUACAAUGUUUAUCCUCACAACAAAGAAAAGGUAAAUGGUGACAACACUGAAGCAAUGUUUCUGAUCCAUUUCUGCCUUGGAUCCCGUUGUUUAAAGACUCUCACUGCUUAAAGAUAGAAUACAAUUUUUCACUGAACGCAAACCAUGGCUGCGACUCCCUAACCUACCCAUCAUUUGGAUAAAUACUAUCACAGAUGCUACUGCAAGGGGUUUUUUCCCAUCCGUAGACAGAAGUGUUGUGAAUAUUCUGCCCAAGCUGACCUUAAGGUUUCAACAAUGUCUCAUGUACCUCCUUACAAAGUGCCUUCCAGACAAAAAAGAAAACUUAAACAAGGGUUCUGAGGUAACCCGGAGGUUUUUUGUUUGGG